AUGUCAGUUGUGGAUUCGCCGCGUUCCGUAAAGCGCCAUAGACAACGAGUUAACCCAAACGGAGCGUUCCUCGCAAUGAAAGCCUUUGUGUGUCUCCUUCUCAUCGGAGUGGCCAGUGUUUCGGCCAAGCCCAAGCCAGGAGGUGGCGGUGGGUGGUCCUCCGGAGGAGGAGGUGGUGGCGGCGGUGGUUGGUCGUCCGGUGGAGGAGGUGGUGGCCAUGGAGGCGGCGGCGGUGGAGACGUGCAGAUCAUCAAGGUGAUCACGGAGAGCGGUGGUGGAGGUGGCGGUGGUGGCUGGGCUUCAGGAGGAGGAGGAGGCGGCGGAGGUGGUUGGUCAUCGGGAGGAGGAGGCGGCGGUGGCUGGUCAUCGGGAGGCGGCGGCGGCGGCGGUGGAGGCUGGUCGUCGGGAGGAGGAGGCGGUGGCCAUGGAGGUGGUGGAGGCGGCGGCGGUGACGUCAAGCUCAUCAAGAUCAUCAGCCUGGGAUCCGGAGGAGGCGGCGGCGGACAUGGCGGCGGUGGUGGACAUGGAGGCGGCGGCGGCUGGUCUUCUGGUGGAGGAGGCGGUGGCCAUGGAGGUGGCGGUGGAGGCGGCACCAAGGUCAUCAAGAUCAUCAAGCUGAGCAGCGGCGGCGGCGGAGGCGGUGGCCAUGGAGGCGGUGGCGGUGGUGGCUGGUCCUCGGGAGGUGGAGGCGGCGGUGGCGGCUGGCAGCCAGCAGGUGGUUGGGCCUAA